GCCUUGGCAGAGCAUGAGGACGAGCUCCCAGAGCACUUCAAGCCUUCGCAGCUCAUCAAAGACCUGGCCAGAGAGAUCCGGCUCAGCGAGAAUGCCUCCAAAGCCAUCCGACCGGAAGUGAAUGCCAUCGCCUCCUCAGAGGAAGUCUGUGACGGGGACCGGGAGAAGGAGGAACCCCCCUCUCCCAUUGAGGCCACUCUGCCACGAUCCCUCCUGGAGAAAGUGUCCAAAAAAAAGACUCCCAAAACUGUGAAGUUGCCCAAGCCGUCCAAAAUCCCCAAGCCCCCAAAGCCUCCCAAGUCCCCAAAGCCCCCCAAAGCCCUGAAGCUCAAGGAUGGGGGCAAGAAGAAAGGGAAGAAGCCCCGGGAGUCAGCCUCACCCACCAUCCCUAACCUGGACCUGCUGGAGGCCCACACCAAGGAGGCGCUGACCAAGAUGGAGCCUCCCAAGAAGGGCAAGGCUACAAAGAGUGUCCUGAGUGUCCCCAACAAAGAUGUGGUCCACACACAGAACGAUGUGGAGAGGCUGGAAAUUCGAGAACAAACUAAGAGCAAGUCGGAGGCCAAGUGGAAGUAUAAG